AUGGCCGUCCGGCAUCACCGCGUCAUCACGGGGCUAUUUUUAAGUGACCGGCCCCCAAAUGAAAGCCUACUGACAGCCCUGACAGCACCAGGUGGCUCGCUCUCACAAUCAAUACCGAUAGAGCUACACCACACCACAUGGAUUCUACAAAUCACAACACAUCACUAUACCAAGCUACACCACAACACUUCACAACACACCUCACCAUACCAAGCUACACCACACUUAAAAACACACCACACCAUACCAAGCUACACCACACCACUUCAUAAAACAUCACACCAUACCAAGAUACACCACACCACUUCACAACACACAACAUACCAAGCUACACCACACUUCAAAACACACCACACCAUAACAAGCUACACCACACCACUUGACAACACACCAUAUCCCCCCCACACCACCCCGAAUCUACACCACUUGACAACACACCACAUCCCUCCACACCACCCCGAAUCUACACCACUUCACAACACACCACAUCCCUCCACACCACACCGAAUCUACACCACUUCACAACACACCACAUCCCUCCACACCACCCCGAAUCUACACCACUUCACAACACACCACAUCCCUCCACACCACACCGAAUCUACACCACUUCACAACACACCACAUCCCUCCACACCACACCGAAUCUACACCAUUUCACAAUACGCCACACCGUGCAGGAACAGGAACAGCUCGUGGACACAUCCAACAGGGGAACAAGGCGGCCCUUUAAAUGUUUCAAAAGUCCACUCCAGAUCCCAGGUGCUCUCCUGCUCCGGACUCAAAGAGAACAUGAUAGAACAAGACCGUAGAACAAAGGACAAUGUAGAACAAGGCCAUAGUACAAUGCAGAACAAAAGAACGUAG